AUGAUUUUGGUGCAUUCGUUUCGCCGACAACACCAGAGCGAGCGACCUCCAAUGGAAUUACAGGCCAGGGAAAUGCUGGAAGUACCAGAAUCUUCCAAAAGCUAUAAUAUUUCGCCGACAACACCAAAGCGAGCGACCUCCAGUGGAAUUACAAGCCAGGGAAACAUUGGAAUUUCAACAACACCAAAAUUUUUGCUUACACAAAAUUUUGACCAAUAG